AUGAAACUCACACCUGAGCUUCUGCUUUCUGCUCCAUCUUAUAUAAAUGCCAUUUCCGACCGUGAACUGUUACUGCGAGGAAAUAAUAUCCCAGUGAUUGAGAAUUUGGGCGUUACUAGGGAUCUUAAUGAAUCCAUUGAUCUUACUGACAAUAAUAUCACGGUUCUGGGAAACUUCCCACAAAUGACCCGGCUGAAAACCCUUCUCAUAUCACGAAAUCGAAUCAACAGCAUUAACUCAUCUUCUUUUGCAAAAUCAUUGCCUAACCUUGAGAUGCUGGUUCUUUCUAAUAACCAUCUAGCCAACUUAGCUGACCUUGUACCACUCUCUCAACUACCCAACUUGGCCUAUCUUUCACUUGUUGAUAAUCCAGUGACUUACAAGGACUAUUAUCGCUUAUGGGUUAUCUGGCAAAACCCUCAUAUACGUGUAUUAGAUUUUCAAAAAGUCAAAGAUGCCGAGCGAGUGCGUGCAAAGGAGCUCUUUGGCACUUCUCCUGAUCAGCCUACAGAACUUGCUGCACAGAUUUUAGGUAGUGCACGGACGCGUACUUUCAAUGUUGAUGCAGAUGGGUCUGUUCCAGGUGCAACUACAACUACUACUACCCGCAAAGAGAUGACUGAAAAAGAAAAGGACGCGUUACGCCAACAGCUUAAGAGUGCAACCAGUCUGGCAGAGAUUAGUAGAAUAGAGCAGUCUCUAAAAAGUGGAUACUAUUAA